UGUUUACAAUUCAGCAUUUUAUUUAUAAGCAGUUGCUUGCACCCAAAAAUGAGUUAUAUACAAUUUGAGAGCGCGCGUGAAAAGGAAAAGGCACGACAGGAACUGCGUGAAGCACGGUCAGAGUUGUUGCAACAGGCCAAAGAGCGGGCUGAGCAACGUAAGAAGCGCGAGAUACAAAAGGAGCUGCGUGGGGAAAGCAAUUGGAUGCUGCCUGAUUUGGCAAACAGAUUAGAUAAGAUAGCCAAGACUGCGACGAGCCAAUCGAAAAAGUCCAGCAAAAAGAAGAGCAAGCACAAGUCCAAAUCCAAAUCAAAAGCAGAAAAAUCGAAAAAGUCAAACAGAAAGAAGCACAAGAAACAAAAAUACAGCAGCAGCAGCGACAGUAGUAGCGAUAGUGAGAGUGACGCCUCAAGCAGCUCCUCCACAAGCUCUCGCUCUGAGGAGCGAGAGCGCAAGCGACACAAGAAGUCAAAAAAAAGGCGUAGGCAAAGCGACAGCAGCUCUGACGAAUGGGUGGAAAGCAAGCCUAUUGUAGAGGUUGAGGCACAGACCACACUGCAGAGGGAUAGCUGGAUGACUAACAGCGAUGCGCUCAUGCUCAAAACAUUUUCCAAAGAGCGGAAAGAGGCGCCCAAGCCAAAUGAAAAGGUUCAGCAAAUUGAUGCUUAUAAUCCUGCCAAAAGCAAGCACGAGUUAAACCCAUAUUGGAAAAGCAAUGGCACUGGUCUUCCGGGUUUUCAAAAGCCUAGUGUGGACGAUGAGAAGGAUAAUACUACUGCUGAAAUUGCUAGGAAAGCUCAAAAGCCCGCCAGCAGUACACGCAGCUGGCAAAAACCCAACGCUAGCCACCGAGAAAGACGCACGUCAACUUCGUCUGAAUCUAGCCAAAGCAGCGUGGAGGUGGACGGAGAGGAGUGCGAGAGUCAAUCAGAAGCAACCAUAACGGAUGAGUACAUCAAUGGAUUGGCCAGCAAGGCGCUUAAAGCCGAACUCAAGGGCAAUCUAGAGCUGGCCGCUAAGCUCAAAGGAACUAUGGAAAGCGCAAAAAAGUUACGAGCCGAUAUACUCUCUGGCAAAAAGCCAGUCAGGCCCGUCACAACAUCAGCAACCAAAUCCAAAAAGCAGCAGGAACAUGUGGUGCUUACCCGCACUGAUGCCACCGGAAAUGUGCGUCCAUUAAUGCAGGCAUGUUCUGGCUCUGCGCAGCUUGAUCCCAAUUCUUUAUACGGUGGCCGCAAGGGCGAGAAGCGCAGCAAGAAAAAAGUAGAUACUCAUGUUGAUGGUGAACGUGUGCGUUACUUUGCGGACGAUGAUCGUUAUGAUAUUAAACAGAUGUUUGAGCGUGAGAAGCAUGCAACUGCAGCCGAGUCGAAUCUGCAGUACGCUGAUAUAGUGUCGAAGCAUAAAAAUCCCAAUGAUGAUCUGGAGGAUAUAUUUGCGGACAAGGUUCGCAAAUUUAUUUCAAAGGAAGAUGCUGAAAAACGUGAGCUAAAACAGGCCAUUAGGGAGCAUGAGAAGCUGGCCAGCACUCUGGAGAAUUGUGAACGCUGCUUUGACUCUGACAAGCUGGACAAGCAGCUGCUAGUGUCUAUGGGCGAGAAAAUCUACAUGAGCUUGCCCUGGUAUGUGGGCCUACAACAGGGUCAUUGCAUCUUGACUACAAUGCAGCAUGUGUCUGCAUGCACGCAAUUGGAUGAGGAUGCCUGGGAGGAGCUGAGCAACUACAGAAAAGCGCUGACACGCAUGUUUGCAGCGCAACGCAAAGAUGUUGUCUUCUACGAAAUUGCCAACAAGCUGCACAGGCGUCCACAUCUUAGUGUACAUUGUAUACCUAUUCCAGAGUCGCACGCUGAGCUGGCGCCGUUUUAUUUUAAGAAAGCUAUUGAGGAGUCUGAACAGGAGUGGUGCAUUAAUAAGCAGCUAGUAUCAUUGCGGCAGAAAUCGCUACGUGCAGCCAUACCCAAGGGAUUGCCAUAUGUAUGGGUAAACUUUGGGAUGGAGUCCGGCUUUGCGCAUGUCAUCGAAGAUCAAGAUCGUUUUCCGGCCAAUUUUGCGCAGGAAAUUAUUGGUGGUAUGUUGGAGUUGAAUCCAAAUACUUGGCGCAAAGCAAGCAAGGAAAAGAAACCCAUUGAUAAAGUUAAGUCUUUUGCUGAAAAAUGGAAAAAGUUUGACUGCACAGAACAGUAAAUGAAAAAUAUUUCAUGUAUAUGUAUAUAAAUAUAUGA